GUAAAAGUUUUUAUCAAACGGUCAAGAACGUCCAAAAAACACACGGAAAGCUUUAAAGCAAAACAAGAAGCAGUAGUAGUUAAAAAAAAAUUAAUAUACUAUAGCAAAAGAAAUCAGCACAUCAUUCGAAGCCAUACUGAAUACAAAAUAAACACAAAAACGGAAGAAUAAAUAAUAAUAAUUAAAACUAAAUGAGAAAAAACAUCAUUUAGGAAUAUUUUUCACAAACAAAGACAACAAAGUUUAAAAAGCAACCAAGAAAAAAAAAGAAUAAAACCAACGACCGUUUCUAAUAAAAAGUUUACAAACAAAAAGGAAAACCAAUUAAUUUCAUAAUAAAAUAAAACAAAAAAUUUUCAAAAACACUAUCCAAAAGAAUAUCAAUUAAAGAAAACUCACAAAAGAAAUCGCAAGAUAUAAUUUUGUGGCAAUGUAAAAUAACAAAGAGCGUAGAUAUUUAAAAACUAAAAACAAAACUUUACAACUUUAUUAAAUUUUAUUGCCUUACAACUGUACCACUAAAAUCGAACCUCAUAAGAGCAGCAGCAGCAGGAAAUUUACUGCGGUCCAGCACCUUUACCUUGGAAUUAUUUUCUACCCUAUUUAUUUUUAUUGGAUUUAAAGCCAAAACACAGCCAACAAAAAGGAACACAACCCAAACGGUAAGACCUCCAUUGAGGUCCUGCCCUCUACUAAGGGCCAAGACUUUUUCCACAGAGAGGGCGUAGAGGAAUUUAUUUCCAUUCGCCUCCCCUCACGCUAUCCAAAGCAAAAGCAACAAUUCAUACCCCCUAAAGAUUCACACAUACAAUGACAGAAAAUCAAAUAUUUUCCAUGUCGACUGAAUUAUUCGACUCCUCUUCCAAUAGCAGCAAUCCAUUGAAAUACGAUUUGUAUUCUUUGGGUACGACAGCAUUGUUUGCCACUUUUGCCAAUAACAGCAGCAGCGGUAGCAAUAAUCCGAACAAUAACAGCAGCAGCGGCAACAACAUCAUUUCAAAUCUCAGUAAUACGGGCUUUGGAUCAACAUCGACAUCCAAUACCUCCUCGUCCCUGACAUUGCCAUUUUUCUCAACUAUAGGCGCUGGCAGUCAACACAAUAGCCACAGCAAUAGUAGCAGCAACAACGGUGGUGUUGUUAGCGCUGGAGGCAGCGGCAGCGCAGGUGGUGUUGGUGGUGGAAGUAGCAAUGUUAUGCUGACAAAUGCCAUAUCGAUUCCAAGGAGUAAUAAUCCCAAUCAAUUGCAUAACCCCUACUCGGAUGAGAUCUUGCAUCAUCCAUCGUCGAGUCCUUUUUUAAGUCACAUCUUGCAGUAUCAACAACAAUUGAAUCUUGGUCAACAGGCCUCACCCCAGCAGCAGCAGCAGCAACAGCAACAACAUUCAUUGAACGGCACAACCACCACCACCAACAUGAUGUCCUCACAGCAACAACAACAGCAGCAGCAGCAACAACAACAUUCUGCACAAAAUACCCCACAAAACGGUGGAGGGGGUGGCCUUCUCACCGUCUCCAUGGCCGAUUACUCCGAUUAUGCCUUGGAUGCUUUAGAUGCUGCCUCUCUCUCGCCCACCCUUUUGCAGGAUGUCAAUCUAAGUGCUGCAGCAACUCAGAGUCUUACGCCCGGUCAUAAUUCAGCCACCUCGGUGACAUCACCCUUCUAUAAUCACGAUCCCUCCUCGCCCAUGAGCAUAAACAAUAGCGGUGGUGGGGCCAAUGUCAAUGGCUUGAGCAGUUCCGGUGGGGCUGGAUCUCUUAACGUUUCUUCGGCCAGCACUGACAUUAAUGGCGUAGUGACCUUUUUGUCCUCCUCCGCUACGGCUGACGAUAUUAGUCCCUCACUAAUAAUGUAUGAUGCUGUAGCCGCUACUGGUAAUACCAUGUGGAGCGAUAUAGGAAAUGCCAUAGGGGCCACCAAGAAUGAGCCUUUCACCUUGGAAGAUGACUAUAUAUUUCCCAUAGAUAAGGCCGAUAUGAACUCUGCCGGUUUCGGAGAUCUAGAGGGGGAUACUUUCCUCGAGGAAAUAGACCAAUUUCUUCCUUCUGGAGGUCACGAUGGUACAAAUGGUUUUCUGUUUUCGCCUUCUUUACACUCAGCGGCGACACAACAUGCCCAUACCCCUUCGCCGGGAAUGGGACCACCCAUGGAACUGAUGCAACAGCAUCAGGGUCAACAACAACAACAGCAGCAACAACAACAACAACAACAUUUGCAACAAUUCACUCAAUUGCAUACGAUGCAGGCAUCGUCCUCAGUCGAUAGUGGCAAUGGCUCAGGUUCGUCCGGCUCGGGCUCUAUGCUUCAGCAACAGCAGCAACAACAAAAUCUUCAAAGUUCCUCCUCUAGUCCAUAUGAAAUUUUUCACAGUACACCAAAUAAACAUCAAAUGCACAAUGCGAAUACCUUUUCGCCCGGAAGUCAACCUUCCCAUUCACCUUUACAAAUCAAUUCCAAUACACCGCCUCCACCACAUGCCAAUCGUCCACAGUUUCAGACCAAGCCCCGGAAAAUGCAGGAUAUGAUGAAAAAUGACUUCUCCAUAUCGCCCGAUCGUAAUAACUCUUCAAUUGGCCUCUUGGGACACUCGGUGCCCGCCGGCCAUGGUCUGCUGAUGACCCAAAAUGCUGUCAGUCCCGGCAGCAGCGGAUAUGGCAGCGGCAGUGGUGGCAAUGGUAACGGUGGUUCAUCCUCCGGUGGAGCUGUGAUAAGUAGAAAUAGUGCUCGCAAACAAUUCUAUCAGAAUAUGGCUGCCAAUGAUAUGUCAACGAUAUCAAGGCUCUCCUCAUCGGCGCCCACGCAUUUGGGUCUGGAGCACAUAUGGACUCGCCGCGAACCGAGACAGCAUUUACUUUCGACCGGCUCUUUGGCAGAGGCAGAAUCCUUUUCCUCUUUGAGCACCGCCAGUGUACUGUCGCCCGAUGGCCAUGAUUAUUCCCAGGAGGAUGAUGAUGAUGACAAUUCUACCGACUACAACAGUGAUAACUAUGAUGAUCUAUCAAGUGACAAUGGUUCAGAUAAUGAUGAUGAUACCACAACGAUACGGGCUCGUUCCAAUUCGAAUAGCAGCAGCCAAAUGUCUUCGUCCAAGGGUAAGGAACGUUUCUUCUGGCAGUAUAAUGUUCAAGCCAAGGGACCCAAGGGUAAACGUUUGGUGUUUCAAUCGAAACUAGAGGAUCCCCAUGUUUUGAAUGAGGUCACAGAUCCGGUAUUUAGUCCAAAUUGUUCUGUAAGAGGCAUAAAGGUGUACAAGCAUAGUGGCAAGGCUCGCAAAGGUGAUGGCAAUGAUCUUACCCCCAAUCCCCGAAAAUUGAAUAACAUAGGCAAGGAAUUGGAUCGUUUAAGUCGCACUAUCAACGAUAUGACCCCAGUCUCAGAACUGCCCUUCAAUUCUAGACCCAAGUCACGCAAAGAGAAAAACAAAUUGGCUUCACGUGCUUGUCGUUUGAAGAAAAAGGCCCAGCAUGAGGCUAACAAAAUUAAGUUGUAUGGCUUGGAAAUUGAACACAAACGUCUAUUGAAUGCUAUUAGUGAUAUCAAACAGAAUUUAGCUAUUAAAUAUAGUAAACAAAAUGCGGGUGAAAAUACCGAAGAAAUGGAUCAUCAAAUUGAGAGAAUCUAUAAACAUGCCAUAGGUGGUUUGGCUAUAGCUGGCGGUACCACAGACUUUGUGAAUAAGGUUUUGGUAAAUGUUAAAAAUGGCCAACCAAGCGGUGGCUUGGAAGAGCUUAGAAAUACCUAAAAAAUUAAAGAAGAGAAAAUCAACCAUCAUCUAUCGCCAACUUAUUUAAAACCUUAAGACAUUUCACAAACUCCACAAAAAACCUAAAUUCUCCUCCCUCAACCCACUACUACCUACUAAACAUGAAAUUCUCAAAACAAAGGAAAUUCUGCGCCGUCGCCAGCACCCCCGCUUGCUCCAUUACUCCGUUGCAACAUGAUAUAAGAGGCAUAUAAUAAUAAACAAAUUGGUUACUCUACAAGUAAGGAAUAGAUCCACAUUUUAUUUUGUAAAAUGCUACCAGUUUUACCUGUUUUUUUUUUUGCUCUAAACAAAAAAUAGUUUUUGUGUUAUUACUAUUUUUAUUAUUAUUUUAUUUUCUUAAGUUUAGGCAUUUGUUUUUUUAAGUUUGCAAAGUUAAGUUUACAACUGUACCAUAUAUACAUAUAAAAUAAUUGUUUUUGAACUUUUCAACUAAAUGUUUAAAUUACAAUAUUCUAUUAUUUUAUAUAAUUACAUAUAUAUGUAAAAAACUGUUGUAGAGCAAAACCUUUUUACAUAUAAACAAAAUAAAAGAAAUGUAAUAUGUUUUGUUAAAGUUUUCUCAUAACGCCCUAUAUUUUUCUUGUUUGCUAUGUUUUAAAACAAUUUUUUUUUCUCUAGACUACUUGUGAAAGUUGAAAACAAACAAACAGAAUUGUGAGCAAAAGUUAAAACUUGAAAAACAUCUUUUAUUUAGAAUAUAAGUUGAUAAAAUGUUAAGAAGGAAGGAAGAACAAGAAAACAAAAAACAACACACUGAGAGCAGAAAAAAGUUAUAAAUUUAAGAAAAGAAAAAGAAGAGAAACUAAUGAAGUAAUGAAGAAAUAAUGCUAAAAAAUUACGCACUAAAUGUUAUAUAUACUAUAUAUACAUAUACUUUACAUAUAUUUACAUACACAUAACAAAAAAAAAACAUAAAAUACAUACUAUAUAUAUAUAUUUAUAAACAAAUGAAAAAAAAAAAUCAAUUAUAAAACAACAAACGAAUGAAAGCAUGUAUAUAUACAUACAACAUAUGUAAAGAAAUACCAGAAAAAAUACUUAUAUGAAUUUCUAUAUACAUACUUAUAUUUCUAUAUAUAAGGGUGAAAAACAAAAACAACACACAACAACAUCUUGUUUAAAAUACCCUAUGGUUUAUACAAAUUAUCUAUGUAAAUGUUUAUAAAGUUACCACCCCAAGGACCUUCCCCUACUAUCCCCCCUCCACUCUACAACAAGUUGUUAGUAACUGUAAGCCGAAGAAGUAGAAGAAAAAAAUCUAUAAAAUACAUACAUAAUAUUUUUUUACAAGGUGAUAUAUUUUUAAUUAUUUUUAUUAUUAUGUUUAUUAUUAAUUAUUAUUACUAUGUGUAUAUAUUGUCUACCAAUGUGGCAAUGUUAAUAUACUUUCUCUUUUUUCA